AAAACAAAAGUUUAAUAAUAGUGGUAGGUCUACCAAACAAAUGGCUUCUGAUGAACUUUUAGAAAUAAAAUGAACAGACCUGGUUUAUUUAUUUUUGAGAAAAGGCAUGUCUACUUUAAGACCUGUAGGAGUGUUCUGGGACAUAGAAAACUGCUGUGUCCCAAAGGGCAAGUCAGCUCUAAAAAUAAUUGAAAGGAUUCGGAAAACUUUCUUUCAAGAUUGUAGGGAAGCUGAGUUUAUCUGUGUGUGUGACAUCAAUAAAGAGUCUGACACCACAAUAAAAGAUUUGAAUGAUGGACAAAUUAAUGUGGUGCAUAUCAAUGCAAGGUCUAAAAAUGCAGCUGAUGAUAAAAUCAGGCAAAGUCUGAGAAGGUUUUCAGAUUCCCAUCCUCCUGGAACUAAGGUCAUUCUCAUUUCAAGUGAUGUGAACUUUGCAUCUGACCUUUCUGACCUCCAGCAUAGGAAAAAAUUUGAUGUGGUCCUGAUACACAAAGCCCAGGUCAGUGAAGCGCUGCUGACAUGUGCCACAGAACAUUUUUUGUACGAGGAGUUAAUCAAAGACCUCCCUGACAGGCCAGGACUUAAGGAGGUGACAGAUAACCUUCUAGUCAUCUAUGGCUACAACAAAGAUGGACCACUGGACAAGAUCAAACAAAUUCUGAAGAUGUUGUCCAACAACUGUGGGGGGAAGGUCAUCUCUAUAGGGUCACUGUUUGCUGUGCUAAAGCUGGACACACCUGAGUUACUAGAAAGAGCAAAAAAAAGAAUGAAUGGAGAAGAUGUGUAUGGAAGAAAAAUUACUGUAUGUUUGCCGGAAGAGACACCAUUUUACAACACAGUCAGAAAGUUGGCAGGUCCUUUAUUACCCAAGCGACAGGAGAGCCCCUCACCACAGAGACGGCCAGGCAGAGAGCGGAUGAACUCCCGCAGCUACACCCCUGACUCAUACGAUUUUGUCAAUUACAAUACAGGACCAAGCAGUUUCUGUGACAAGUUGUUUGGAGGAAAUGACCUGAGUUUGAACACCUACACAGUUAACACAGACUACCAGUUUAAACCACCCAACCCCAGCACUGACCGUAAAGCUUACAAAACUCCCGGAGGACCCGUGGGGCAUGAGUUUGGCAGACCAGAGAGUCCCAGCACCAGCCACAGUGCCACCAGCCCUAGUCACACCCACACCCUGCCCAACUCCAACUCGGAGAAGUACUACAACAUCAAGUCCAGACCGCCCUCUGACCCCAGUUUUACCAACUUUGGUAUCACUGCUUCAUCUACGUCGACAGUUUCGUCCAGUGAAUCACAGAACAAGCUUUUAGACCCUGCCUAUUUCCUAGGAGGGUUCAACAAGUCUGGCGCGGGUGGGGGGUCAGCGCCGGUGUUUAAGUGUGCUGAGAAGAAGAGUUUAGCUGACAUACCAAUCCCCUCGUUUGGUUUUCGUGAUAUCCCUCCCCCUGUCAUGCCACCCAACUCCUGCUGCUUCACCCUAGAUCCCAAUGCCACGGCUUUCGACCCCAUCAAGUUGAUCGAAACAGCAUCAAAGGACAGCUCAACCUUCAUGUCAAAUUCUGGCAGUACCAACAUUGAGGCCCCGCCACACCCAGAUUCACAGCCUGCCCCCCUCCCCGGCCCUAACUCAUACAGGAAAAACUGCAAUAAAAACAAUUUUAACGCAUCUCAGGGAUCUGCAUUUACCAAACUCCAAACUUCCAAUGGGUACCAGAAUAACAUCAAGCAGCCGUACCAGCAUCAGCCCCGGAGCAUGUCUGUGCCAGUUCAGCACAUCACAAUAGCCAAGGAGAGGCUGACAAUAGAGGAUGAGAUCUGUAUGAUGCAUGGCUACCCACCAGCCAGUGCUUUUAGAAGUCAUUCACAAAAUGCUGGCACAUUUAAGAAGCCUCAGUCGCCUCAGAAAGCUUUCAAAGUUCAGACCAAUGUAAAUGGAUCAAAUCUACAACCAAGUCCAAAGAAUCAAACAGCUGCAGGAAAUCAACCUAACCUGCGUCAUAGUUUUUCAUCAGAUGGUGAAGACAGGCCAUUUAGUCCAUCAAAUGCAUCUGCUGCCCCAAAACAAAAUCAAAGCUUUCGACCAAGGCUUGCUUCUGGCCCCACCCCUUUAUUCCCCACCAACCGCACCCCCUCUCCCUACACUGCUCCCCCUGUAAACAGACCCCGCCCCAAACAGUAUGGCAGUAACCUGUACAGGGUGCCCACCCCUGAUGAAAUAGGGGAGCCAUCGACAGACUACAUGAACCCAGAGUUUAAUGCAGACAGGGACACGUAUGUGGAGCUCAUAGUGUCCAACCUGGACUACAACAUCCACCCCAGGGAGUGGAGAAAAAUUAUUUAUGCCACAUUCCUUCCACAUGUAAAGAUUUUGAGCAUACAAGUUCGCCUUCAAGCUGACAAUACCUCUGUUGCAACAGUGCGAUUAGUGUCUGAACAAGAUGCCAGAUUUGCCAUUGCUCAGUUCCAUCGGCGUAAGAUUGGAUACAAGAGGAUCAAUGUACAGUUUAAAACAGAUGUGUCCCAGUCACCAGCUGACAGCUUAAGAGCUGACACAAUCGCCCUCUUGAUGGAAGCUAAGGACAACAAGAUGGCACUGGCCCGUUUGAUAGAUCUCUUUGAUAAAAGGUUCCACAAGACUGUCUCCGUGUCAGACAUCUACAAGAUGAGGGACACCAUACAGAUAGUUGAGACAAGUGGCGCAGGUCGCUGGGUCAAGCUUCAGCCUGGGGUUCGAAGGUCACCAACACCUACAGUAACAGCAGAUGGAGAGGUCACAGAGGUCCUUGAGCAGCCGGUGUGUUCCAUCCAUUGUGCUGAGGGCAGCGUCUUCUACACUGAAGCCCUCAACUCCUGCAUGUUGCCCAGUGUUAAGAUGAUCCGCAAACAUUUCUCACCACAGCUCCACUCUCUGCUGCUUUCACACAACGGCUACAUCCCACUCAUGAGUUUCCCUGCCUGCUAUGCUGCUGAAUUUAAACCUAUUGAGCCUGUGGCAGAUGGAGGGAUCCCAUUGGAGCACGUCAUCAGCUGUGUGCCUGGGGUGGAAAUCACGGUCUCAAAGAUUGGGGUCAAGGUGAUACAAUUUCAGGAGAACAGGGAGCAGUUUUAUGACAUGAUGAAAGGCAGUGCCUGGCAGGAGUUGGGUAAAAUCAGCAGGGAAGUGAUGGAGCUGCUGCGCCAACAGCCCACCUGCACCAUGCCUGUGUCCAGGUUCAUCCCAGCCUACCACCACUACUUUGGGCGCCAGUGUCGGGUCGCAGACUACGGGUAUACUAAACUUCAGGAACUUUUUGAGGCCAUCCCACAUGCCAUUCAGGUGCUAGGUACAGGUGACAGGAAAGCUAUAACACUCAGCCCUCGCGCACAGUUAAAGAGGUUUACUACAGACAUUCUAAAAGUUGUCAAGGCCCAAGCCACAAAACAGAUAAUGUUGGAAGCUUUUCCACCAGCUUAUGAAAAAGUGAUGGGUAAACCUUUAUUUCUACCUCAUUAUGGUGUCUGCUUUAUGGAGGAUAUGUUGAUGGAUAUUCCCACAACCACACUUAUUGUGAUUGAGGAAAACAACCACACCUUGUUGGCUUUACCAAGAAGAGAUCAAACUCCUGAGGAAGUUGAAAGAACCAAGCAGUUUGCCCUAGAGGUGGUGGAUCUGCUCAAGCACAACCCCCAGUGUAGGAUGCCAUUCAACAAGUUUAUCCCUGCCUACCACCACCACUUUGGGCGCCAGUGUCGGGUGGCUGACUACGGCUUCACCAAGCUGGGAGACCUGUUUGAAUCUAUUAGUCAUAUCAUUGAGCUGGAAGAGGAGGGGGAGGAGAAGUUGAUCCACCUAAGUCCAGCUGAGCUGAGGAAAGUUCUGUGUGAGCAGUUGACCACACUCAUCCGUCCAUCUGGUGCCAUCCCUGUCAACAGAAUACUCACAGAGUACGCCAAUCACUUUGGCUUUUGUUUAAAGUUGGACGAUUUUAGGGCUGAUUCUACAAGGGCACUGUUACUUAAACUCAAAACUCACAUUAAGAUUGAGAUGAGAAAUGGGCAGGAAUACGCCAGCCUGGUGAGGGAGUCCCACAUCCCAUUGAUAGGUCUCCAGGUCAUGCAACUCCUGAUGGACGAGUCAGGUGGUAGCCUCCCCUUGAUGGAGCUGUGCAUGCGCUAUGAGUCCCUGUUUGGCCACAGGUGUGAUGUGGACCAGAUCAGGGAUGAGCUCUCAGAUUUCAUGCAGAUUGACCAGGAGGAUGGUGAGAAUGGUGGUGUGAUCCGCCUGACCACGCAGCAGAUGCUGGCCAGAAACCUGCGUCUGCUCCUGCUCCACAAGGAAAAGAUCCUGAUGAGUGACCUGUCCAGCAUGUACAAGGGCCAGUACGGGGUGGACCUGUCCCCUGCCCUGUAUGGCUUCACCAGCUUGUAUCACCUGCUGCAGUCUUUCCCCCACAUCCUGGAGCUCAAGGGGAAAUCAACCCAGAAGUAUAUUGUCCUCUCCAGUGUGUUACCUCCCCCUGGUACUCUACCACCUGCCAGGGUUGAUGUCACAUCACCAACACAGUUUAACCCUAGCAGUAUUCAAGAAAGCAAUGGAAACAUUGAUACAAGGAGUGACUCAACAUCUAAUCUUCUCCAGCAUGCCUCCAAUCUCUGGGACUCUAGCAUUGUGCAACAGUCACCUGCAGGAGACAGGCAGGCGUACAACCCAACCUCCUGUAACAUCAUAGACCUCUUGAACUCUGCUCUGGCCUCUUCUACUAUUGCUAAACAAGACAGCUCUAAAGACAACUUGUCCAAUGGAGGUCUAUCAGCAUGGCAGAUGACAGCUGGGGGUGAAACUGUUUACAGUGGUAAUGUUGGCAGCCAUCACACAUCCCCCCACCCUACCAGCAACUCACCAUAUCCUCAAGCCUGCGUAGAUUCCAGCCUAGUCGCAGACUGCGAGACCAGGUCCCAGUCCAGCGCAGACGACCCUAAAGAUCUGUUCUCACCAGCCAACCGUCCGCUGGACACCAGUUCCACAAACUCUCAGCCCACCUCAUCAGACAGCUGCAGCAGCUCGCCAGUCAAGCGCCGGACCAGGAUAGCCGCCAAUUUUAAAGCCUCGCAGUGCUAACUUUCAAACGUGCCAUUUUUUUCAGGGGAUUUUUAAGUUGUUUUUUUUUUUUUGUGAAUUGCUUGUCAGGGUUAUUUACUGUGCUUUAUUUGUCAACACUGUGCCUCUGGUUUCUGUGAUCUGAGUUUGUGGGAAAAACUGCAUCUGUCUGAUGGUAAAGCUGCUGUAGAUCCAUCGUUCCAAUGAUCAAUUUGUGUAAACUGCAUUUAGUAGUAACUAUUUGCACGGCGAAUGUUCAUUUCUUUCUAGCUACAGCUGUUAAUGAUAAAUGUCCAUCAAAGGUUACAUAUCUGUCAAAUUAUAAAUGUCUGUCAAAAAAGAUAUAUAUACCUGACUGUCAAAACUAACCCCCCCCCCC